CUCUUCCCUCAUCUCCAAACCAUUUUCUGCUCCUUUUUUCAACUGAGCUGCAAAAGCAGUUAUGGAGGUAGCGACAAUGGCUUCUCACUUUUUCCCCAGCGCACGCAUAGUUUCAAAAACCAAUUCACGUAGUAAUCGAACUGUAACCGCUUCUUUAUCAUCUUCUAAUUCGUCUAUUAAAGCUUCCUUAUCCACCAAUUUUACCUCCCCGUUCGUCGGCAGCAGUAUUUCCAGCGACUUCUCCGGUCACAAGAUCCGACCUGCAUCCCUCAACCCGUCUUCAAGCUCUCAUGGAAAACGACUCGGUGUUACCAUGGUGAUUCCUUUUUCAAGGGGAAGUGCUUGGGAACAACCACCUCCAGAUUUAGCAUCUUAUUUAUACAAGAACAGAAUUGUGUAUUUGGGUAUGUCUCUAGUCCCCUCUGUAACUGAACUCAUAUUGGCAGAAUUUCUCUACCUUCAAUACGAGGAUGACAAAAAGCCCAUAUACCUUUACAUAAACUCUACUGGAACUACCAAGGGUGGUGAAAAGUUGGGGUAUGAAACAGAAGCUUUUGCAAUAUAUGAUGUUAUGAGAUAUGUGAAGCCACCUAUUUUUACACUAUGUGUUGGGAAUGCAUGGGGAGAAGCUGCAUUACUAUUGGCUGCUGGAGCAAAGGGAAAUCGGUCAGCAUUGCCCUCAUCAACCAUUAUGAUAAAGCAGCCAAUUGCAAGAUUUCAAGGUCAAGCAACUGAUGUUGAGAUUAUGAGAAAGGAAAUAAAGAAUGUGAAGACUGAAUUGGUGAAACUGUAUGCAAAGCAUAUAGGGAAGACAACAGAGCAGAUUGAAGAGGAUAUAAGGCGUCCGAAAUAUUUUAGUCCUAGUGAGGCUGUUGAAUAUGGAAUCAUUGAUAAGGUUAUUUAUAAUGAAAGGGGGAGUGAAGAUCGAGGAGUGCUUUCGGAUUUGAGGAAAGCACAACUACUUUGAGAGCAUCAUUGUUUUAAAAAAAAAAUUAAAUAUUGGUCAUAUGGAUUUGUAAUAGGGAAGGUAGUUUAAAAGUCCAAAAUAUUUUUGAUAGUUCAACUAUGUGUUUCUUGAAAUUCUUUUCAUGAUAAAGUUGUUUUGUUAUGCAAGUGAUUUUGAUA